AUGAAAGCUCUUGGUUCACAAGAUGUGUGGGACAUUGUUAAUAACAGUUAUGAAGAACCAGAAAAGAAUACGUAUAAAGGAGUAGAUCAAGUCAAGAAGGUUCGCCUUCAAAAAUUGAGAGGUGAUUAUGAAUCACUGCGUAUGAAGGAGUCUGAAUCAGUUUCAGAUUAUACUUCAAGAUUGCUAGCAGUAGUAAAUGAAAUGAAAAUAUAUGGUGAGACAUCAUGUUUGAAAGAUCCAAAUUGGAUCUGGCACUUGAGAUUUGGGCAUUUGAACUUUGAUGGCUUGAGACUAUUAGCCAAGAAGGACAUGGUGAAAGAGUUGCCAUAUGUCAAACAUCCAGAUCAAUUUUGUGAAGGUUGUCUUUACGACAAACAAUCAAGGAAGAGUUUUCCACAAGAAUCAUCUUCGAGAGCGAGGAGACUACUAGAGUUAGUUCACACUGAUCUUUGUGGACUGAUCAAACCAAGUCUUUCGGUUGUUGAAUGUGCAGUGUACUUGUCAAAUUGUUCCCCUAUUAAAAGCUUAUGGUAUAAAACUCCUCAACAAGCAUGGAGGGGAAGAAAACCAUCCAUUGCUCAUUUGAGAUUAUUUGGAUGUAUGGCUUAUGCAUAUAUACCUUAUCAAAAGCAUAGUAAGCUUGAUGAUAAAAGUGAGAAUCAUGUUUUUGUUGGCUAUGAUGCAAGCUUAAAAGGUUACAAGCUUUACAAUCCUGUUAUAAAGAAGACGAUGAUAAGCAGGGAUGUUGUGUUUGAUGAAGAAGCGUGA